AUGUCCAGAGCUAUUGCCUCAACUAACGUCGUUGUUGAUGAUGAACUUAUCAAUGCGACGAUAAUUUAUUCUAUUGAAUCUGGCAAGAUCAUCAGCAUUAUUAAAAACAAAAUCCUCUCAAAGGACGAUAAAAUUUUGAAAUUAUACAACAUUUCCCCCAGUAAUUACAGAAUUUUAUCUCCUUUGGUUAUUCUACCAGGCCUAGUUGACUCUCAUGUUCAUCUCAACGAACCAGGCAGAACUCAUUGGGAAGGCUUUGAAACUGGCACUCAAGCUGCUGCCUCUGGUGGUGUUACAACCGUUAUUGAUAUGCCCUUAAAUGCUAUCCCACCAACCACCACAAUCGAAAAUUUCUUAAUCAAGAUCAAUGCAUCAAAGAAUAAAACUUGGGUUGAUGUGGGUUUUUAUGGUGGUUUAAUCCCAGAUAAUUUAGACCAUCUAGUUCCUUUAAUCAACAUGGGUGUAAGAGGAUUCAAAGGAUUUCUAAUAGAUUCAGGUGUCGAUGAAUUUCCUGCCAUAGACCCAAAUUACAUCGACAAGGCCUUAGAUUUAGUUAAAGAGCAUAAAACAAUCUUGAUGUUUCAUGCUGAAAUGCAACCAAAAGAUAAUCUUCCACUAGUAGAUCAUAAUAACAAUAUUCCAAUAAAUAAUCAUGAAAAUAUUCCAAUUUUCACUCAAGAACUCAAUGACUUGAACAUUGGUGUAUCCUCCUCAUUUAUCAACCAUGCCCCAUCAAAUGUACUAAACUUGUUCAAAGAUAAUACUGAUGAAUUAAAAACUUACACCAAUACUUCAAAAACACAAAUCUCCUUAAACCAAGUCAAUUCUACCAAACAUUUGUCUGAAAAACAAAUAAAAGCAUUGUCUUCUUCUCCAAUCUUAGCCGCUGCUGAACCAAGAUUAAUCGAUCCAUCUGAUUCCCCAUUAUUAAAGGCAACUGAAAAAAACUCAAUUUUAAAGGAUAUCGAUCCAACAGCUUAUGAAUCCUUUUUGGCAUCAAGACCAGACUCUUUUGAAACAACUGCAAUCGCUGAAAUCAUCAAUUGCUCAACUAAAAAUCCUUCUGUACCUGUUCAUAUUGUUCAUUUAGCUACUCAUCAAGCUAUUCCUCUCAUCAAAAUCGCCAAAAAUUCAGGUCUCAAAUUAACAACCGAGACCUGUUUCCACUAUUUGUCCCUAAGUUCUGAAAAGAUUCCAAAUUGUGGCACUCAUUUCAAAUGUUGUCCUCCAAUUAGAUCUGAAUCCAACAGAAAAUUGUUGUGGAAUGCUCUAAGAGAUGAUAUCAUAACGUCAAUUGUUUCAGAUCACUCUCCUUGCGUCCCUGAAUUAAAGGGUCUUUCAAAGGGUGAUUUCUUUGCUGCUUGGGGUGGUAUUGCUUCUGUUGGUCUUGGGUUACCAAUCCUAUACACUGAAGGUUUGAAGCUAACCCCCCCCUUGAAAUUCACUGAAAUCGUUAAAUGGACUUGUCAAAAUACUGCAAAACAAGUUGGUUUGAGUCACCAAAAGGGCUCUAUUAAAAUAGGCUAUGAUGCUGACUUUGCUAUCUUUGAUCCAUCUGUUAAAUACAAAUUGAAAAAUAAAAACAUGUACUUCAAAAACAAACUAACUGCUUAUGAUGGCUUUGAAUUGUUUGGUGUAGUGGUUGAAACUAUAGUUAGAGGUAAUAGUGUCUUUGCUCUUGGUAAAGGUCACAGCAAAAAACCAAUGGGCAAACUUCUCCUUGAACCAAGAACAUAUUAA